AGACAGAGGAGCGCACCGUUAUUUUCAGCAUUCCACAUUUCCACCUCGCUCUCCACUCCUCCCUUCUCGGCGAGCCACCCGACCAAUUCCCCCACCCCCCCGCGCUCCACCCGCCACCCAGAUCGCCGCCAUUCCCCGGGAACACGGCGACGACCGCCUCGCCGCACGUUCUCCCCCUACCUACCUGCCUACCUGCGCGCGGCGGCGGGCUCGGGUCCCGGCGGCGGCCGGAGGAAAGUCACAGCCGGCGGCGAGGGGGUGGCGGCGGGUUGAGACGCGGAUGGGGAGGUAGGAGGCGGCGAGGCUGCGGAGGUGUUUGGUGGUGGUCGUGGCAGCGGCAGCGGCAGCCAUGUAUUUUGCCAAGCUCGAUGACUCGCCCAUGUUCCGGACGCAGAUACAGUCACUUGAGGAGGGUGCUGAAUUGCUGAGAGAGAGAUGUUUGAAGUUCCAUAAAGGUUGCCGCAAGUAUACUGAAGGACUAGGGGAAGCAUACGAUGGAGAUAUUGCAUUUGCAAGCUCACUUGAAGCAUUUGGAGGAGGCCACAAUGAUCCAAUUAGUGUUGCUUUUGGUGGACCUGUCAUGACUAAAUUUACAAUUGCCUUGAGAGAAAUUGGAACAUACAAGGAAGUCCUGCGCUCCCAGGUUGAACACAUGCUAAAUGACAGACUGCUGAAUUUUGUAGAUAUUGAUUUGCAUGAUGUGAAGGAUGCUCAUAAGCGUUUUGACAAGGCUAGCCUUGCAUAUGACCAGAUUCGUGAGAAGUACCUAUCAUUGAAGAAAGGCACACGACCAGACAUAACAACUGCGAUCGAAGAAGAGCUCCACAGUGCUAGAUCUUCAUUUGAGCAAGCUCGUUUCAACCUGGUCACGUCACUUUCCCACAUCGAAGCAAAGAAGAGAUUUGAAUUUUUGGAGGCUGUUAGUGCGACAAUGGACUCACAUCUUCGAUAUUUCAAACAAGGAUAUGAACUAUUGCAUCAAAUGGAGCCAUAUAUUAAUCAGGUUCUUGCUUAUGCUCAGCAAUCAAGGGAAAGGGCAAACAAGGAACAAGCUUCUCUUGUAGAGAGGAUGCAUGAGUACAAAAGGCAGAUAGACCGAGAAAGUCGGUCUUCUGUAAAUGGUUUGAAUGAUUGUUACAAUGGUGACGGAAUACCAACAAUCGGUAGGAGUUCACAUAAAAUGAUUGAGGCAGUGAUGCAGUCAUCCACAAGAGGCAAGGUACAGACCAUUCGUCAAGGUUACCUUUCAAAGAGAUCGUCAAACUUGAGAGCCGAUUGGAAAAGAAGGUUCUUCGUACUUGAUAGUCGAGGAAUGUUGUACUACUAUCGCAAACAAAUUACUAGGCCACCUGCCGGUUGUUCCAUCCAAAGAGGCGUUAACCCCCCUGAACAUGGUUCUGGGUUGUUGAGUAGAUUGUUCUCUUCUCAUUACCAUGGUAUUGUACAUGAUGAGAAGUCUGUUGCACGGCAUACUGUAAAUUUGUUGACAUCAACCAUUAAAGUUGAUGCAGAGCAAUCAGAUCUGAGGUUCUGCUUCAGAAUUAUUUCACCCACAAAGGUCUACACACUGCAGGCAGAGAGUGCAGUAGAUCAGAUGGAUUGGAUUGAAAAGAUAACUGGUGUUAUUGCUUCUCUCCUGAGCUCACAAUCCCCAGAACAGUGUUUUAUGUCAAGCCCUAAGGGCAGUGGCCAUGAUAGGAGUGCCAGUGAGAGUAGCUCCUUUAGUAGUUCAGUGGAAUUUGAACCUUCCAUAAGCGAUGAUUUGGUACUGGAGAAGAACUCUGGAAAUGGGCAGCAUGAUGUCAGAGGCACACAUCAUCACAGAACUAACAUGAAACCUGAAAAACCAAUUGACUUGCUUAGGAAAGUCGAUGGCAAUAAUAUGUGUGCAGAUUGUGGUGCUUCAGAACCAGAUUGGGCAUCUCUAAACCUUGGUGCCCUUCUAUGCAUAGAGUGUUCUGGGGUGCACAGAAAUCUUGGAGUGCAUAUAUCGAAGGUAAGAUCUCUGACACUUGAUGUCAGAGUUUGGGAGCCAUCUGUAAUCAAUCUCUUUCAGUCACUAGGCAACAUGUUUGUCAACAAUAUUUGGGAAGAGAUGUUACCUUCAUCAAAUAACGGCCGUCCUGAUGAUAAUUUAAGUGUUGAUGGAUCAGACACAUCACAAUACCUCUCUGUUAAAAAGCCAAAACACAAAGAUGCUUUCUCUGCCAAAGAGAAGUUUAUUCAUGCCAAGUAUGUUGACAAAGAAUUCAUACAGAACUAUAGCAUGGAUGAGAGUCAGCUAGCUCAGCAGAUGUGGAAUAGUGUAUCUGCAAAUGACAAGAAAUCUGCAUACAGUCUUAUUGUGAGAUCACGUGCCAAUGUAAAUUUGGUUUGGGGAGAUAUGCCUUCUAGUUCGUGUUUGACUCUUGGCAAAGCACUUCAACUAGAGCACCCAGCUUCAACACCUGGUGGUAGUCCUAGAUUUUUUGAUUGCAAUUCUCAUGACAAGAUUUAUGCGGGAGAGCCCCUUUCCCCAGCUAGCACAAGUUCACGCACAGAUGACAUGGAGGACAGUUGUGAAGGUCUCUCCUUGCUUCAUCUUGCAUGCCGUGUUGCAGAUGUUGGUAUGGUUGAAUUACUAUUGCAGUAUGGCGCUAAUGUAAACAUGAUUGAUUCAAGGGGUCGGACACCCCUUCAUCACUGCAUUUUAAAAGGAAGACAUCAGCAUGCUAAGCUUCUCCUCUCCAGAGGGGCCGAUUCACAGGCCAUGGACCAAGAUGGUAGAACAGCAUCACAAUAUGCAAUCGACUGCAGAACAACCGAUGAAGAUAUUCUUAUUUUGUUAGAGGACCAUAGUUGAUAAUCUUGCUACCACACCUUCAGUAAAUCGAAGCCCCCCACCUGGUGUGGUUGACUCAACUAACAUGGCUCCAGUCCCGCAUGCAUCCCAGCUUGUCUUGCAGAUAAUCCAAGUUUGUGGCAUGAGAGCAAUUUAUGUAUAUGUCGUUCUGGAUGGAGCUUCCGCAACAUGGCGGCCGCGUUGUUUGUUUUUCAUUUUUAUCCUUUUUGCUUCUUUAGCAUCAGUGGUCCUGAUUUAAUCAUCUGGCAAACGGUUUGGCUUUGUUUGCAGAUGAUGCAAUAGUAAGCUUGUAAAUGGAUCUGGUCAUCUUUCAUCAUGAAGUAGCUGCCCUUAAGAUGAAAGAUGAUUGUACAUAUCGAGAUGUGCCGUUGUGAUCUUGUGAUCUAUGGUGUGCAUAGUAUAUACGACAGUUGUGCCCAGCUCAAUCGAAAUAGAUUGCAUUAUGUUGUCCGA